CACGUGGGUACGUAGGGGACGUAAGCCCUUGGAAAGAAUUGGCAAACACGUGCAUCGUUUGAUUUACACGAUUCGAGAAGGAACGAUUCGCGGGAUUAAAGCUGAAUCGACAUUUUCCAGAGAACAAUACAUCCAGGUGAAUCCCCACUAACAAACUAUUGUCCGAUAAUCGCCCGACUCUGUCUCUUUUCAGCUAGCUGCGCUACGAUUUAGAGAUUCCACGCGCGAAUUUAAUCAACGAUCGUGUUAAUCGCUGCAAGAAAAUUAUCUUUUCGGAUCGCAUGCGUUUCCAAUCGCAAAUAGCGAAACGAGUGACAUCGAGUAAUGAUAGAUCGAUUUAGUUGGACGUCGCAUUCGCAGAUGUCGAGUUAAAGUGUUACGAGUUGAAAAGGGGGGAAAAAAGAAAUGCAGGAGAGCGCGAGCGCCCGCAGCGAACUCCGAGUUACGUAUCGAUCGAUCGUACGUACGAAUGGCCGAUUGGAAAACAGCGGGAUCUAUUUGCCAAUUAGACUAUUAAGAGCGAUCGAAAAGGGCAAGGGCCGCACGCGAGACCUGGCGAAAUUCGCCGCUGGAAGAAGAGCGAGCGAAUAUCCAACGGGAUUACACGGUCCAGUGCAGAGUAUUUGCCGAGCAUAUACAUACCGCGGUAAUGUUGACCUUUUGCCAGAUCCAUUCUGCGUGCAAAUUAACGAUGUUUGCUCUCAACCCUUUCGCCCUGUCUUGAUUCUACCUCUUCUCCGUUCUCUCGACCCUGGCGCAACCCUCUCCUAAUCUCCCCCUUCCCCCCCCCUCUCUCUCUCUUAUUUUUCGCCGCUGCGUCCGCUCUCCUUAUUUAGCUCCUAGACGAAUUUUUUAGUCUCGAUCGUUUCUCCUGCGAAAAUAUCGGAGCGACGCGUUUGGAUCGCGUCUGAAAUAAAGCAACAAGGAGAAUUGGCCUUGUGCAAUGAAAAUGGAAAGAAUGUGCCACGUGGAACGAUAUACGUGUAUGUAUAUAAAUAGCGAAAGCGUAGAAAAAUUGCAAGGUCCGCGAUAAGAUAGCCUUUGAGAAAUGCAACAUUUCAAAGAUAACGUUUCUUUUUUCCUCUUCGUAUCGGAUCGCUUAGGAUAUUGCAAAAUUGCUUAACGAGAAGACCAAUUAAAAUAUUUUUCUUUAGACAAAGUAUAACAACGUUAGCGGCGAUUAGUCGACUCUGCGAGAAGCGAUGUAUCGGAGAGCUCUUUGACACAGUCAUUGAAGAUAAUGAAAUUAAGAAAUUUCAUUUUUUCUUUUCUUUUUCUUUCCUCCUCUCUUAUAAAGCAGAAAUUUUUCUCGCGAGAGAUCGGCUGGUAAAGUUCGCACAUUUUUUAAAUUCGUCGUUCGACGUGGCGAACGCGUGUCUCUUCUUUUUCCAAAUCGGACGCUGCAAGACGCGGCGGAGUCCGAUUACGCGAUUUCUGCUUAUGCCGCAUACUGCCGGACGUGACGUCACUGGAACUCACGGCCGUGGAUCUUGGAUGCCAGGUGUGACUUGACACCAGAAGCUUCUCCGUUCCCUUCGACUCCUUCCCACGCGAAACGUAUGAAAAUAUAUCAAUGCGAGUAACACGUUCGUUAACGUUGGUCUCGCUUUAUGAUCCAGGUUGUUACGAAUCGUAAACGAUAGCCCUUCCUUCGAUCGUCGGUACAUUCCUACUGGAAAUGGAAUUAAGAAUCUCGUCGAUCUUUCCGAGCUCGCAUUAAUCGUCAAAGGAGGCAUUACCGAGAUGCGAGUUGGGAGAGCUCGUUCGCGAGAGGUACUUUGGAAGGAGGAGACGAUAUAACCCGAAACCCGAACGUAACGCGAAUGCCUUCGUCGUGAUACGACACCUCGAUUGUGCCGAUCUAAUACAUUCGAAGGCAAACCCAACUAGGUACCGAAGUACUUCCGCGUAAAUAUCGCUUUACUAGCGCGUAACGGAUCGUUGUUACAUAAUGUUUGUAACCAACGCUACAGAUAUACCGGCCUCGUUCUUCUAUAACAUCUUAAUGUUUCUUUCAACGUUAAAUCGAUCCAAUUUGCUCCUUCGAGCGAGCAAAUCGAGGCUGACGCAAGCGAACGCUCGGAUGAUGGAGUAAUAUUUUUACGGAUCAAACGUAUCGUUGUGCUUCCGUGCGAAUAAUUUUUUUAAGCGAAAUUCACGAAAACUGCCCACGCUCUCUUUCCCGUUUUAUUCAUAGUCGGGCGUAUCGUCGAACUAUCGAGAACGGCGGUCGAGCGGCGAAUACUCCACGUGGAGAAGUAGAGGUACGUACGUAGAAAGCGGAUUUCGAGGAAGACGAUAAGAGGGAGAGAGAAAGAAAAAGCGGAGGCUAUUAAAUCGAAUAGCUCCCGCGAAAGAAAGGGAAGCAACGAUUCUUUCUUGCGAUCGAUUCUCGUCUCUUUCGCUUUUUUCUCGUCGAGCUGAAAUAAUAAAGUGCCGCUCGUUGAUAACGUUCCGGUGACGAAUAUGACGGCACUUCCGGCACCGAGCCGGAGAUCACCAAAUGCGUUUGCUUCCGUUUCGUAUUCUUCUCGCGCGUUCCGCAUCGUGGUUUACGUCCGUCCCAAGUCGCCUUCCACCGAUUAUCUCUUUAUAUUUACUCGGCCGACGCGAUUCUUUCUCAUCGAAUCAAAUAGUUAUCUACCUCCGUCGAUUGAUAGUUCGCUCGAUGAUUUACGCCGUGAAUACGAAGCGGAUCGUCGAUGCGCAAAUCUCGAUCGUUGACGAACGAUCGGCCAACCGUUUCGUACCAUUACACGCGAGACGAACGCGUUUAAUUAUCGGCUAAUCCUAAGCGAUUUUUUAACGAGAGAUAGAGAGGGGGAAGGAGCAGGAGCUUUCGGUAGAAAUCAAACAAUUGGGGAAAACACGAACGAAAUUCUCGCGCGAUCUUUAAUAUUCGUCGUCGAAUGUAGGGAUCGCGGCGAUUUGAUCCUGGAGAUGACGAACGAACUCGAGGAGAGUAAGAUAAACUUUUUUCGUCUCGCUCUGAGCGAUCGUUAGGUCCUGUCAACCCCCAUUUAAAAUCGUAGAAGGACCGAACUGUUGUCAAUGAACGUUAUGUUUUUAAUCGCUGCGACACAAAUAGCGAGGAUUCGAUUGUUCGCGAAGCCGAUGCAAAGCGAUGAUCCGAGAAUAAUUGAGCCACCGACGGCAAACAGAUUCGUAAGAGCGAGAGAGAGGGAGAGUAUAAAGUACGAGCUAGGGGUUGGCGAGUCACAGGGAGAGGGUUGUUCUCGACUACCGCUCGAAGACCGUCGCACGAUCUCUACUUCAUUGUGUCAUCCGUCAUCGCGCCACGAACAAAUGAACGUCUCAACGGUUGCCAGACAAAUGACUCGAGGAUUAUCCUUCGAAUGUGCUCUCUGUGUGUGUGUGUGUGUGUGUGUGCGUGCGUGCGCGCGCGUGUGCGUGUUUCCCUUUCGUUUCUUCGUCUUCCUUUCGUCAUAUCUCUUUCUCUUGAUAUUUUAUAGUCCUCUCCUUCUCUCUUUCUCGUUUCAUCCGCUCGCGAAUGGAACGAGGGUGUAGCGUUUCCUUCGAAAUAUCGGCCGUGGCCACUCGAUCACCGCAACAGUUUGCGCAUAGACCUCCGAGAUCGUAUCCGAGGCAUUAUCUCGAUUCAUCUUCGAGUCUCGAAGGAAGACCAAAGCGAUGCACGCUCGACUAACGGUAUAAACGUCCGACUUCCGACAAGGACCACGGCUUCCAAGACGAAGCACUCUUUUAUCGCGAAUAAAUGACGAAAGAUUCAGAUUUAAAUGGAUAUAUAUAUUUUCGCGGCUGGUCAAUCCAUGAGUUUUCUACUUGCGACGAGUAGUCGCUGUAGAACCGCUCUUCGCUAUACGAACGAAGCGCUGUCGCUAAGAGAAAUAAUAAUUUAUUCAUUGGAUAAGCGGCAAAUAUCAUUUAUACUCUUCCUCUCUCUUACAUAUACGAGAUAUAAAUUAUAUAUUAUUCUGCGGUAGAUCAUAUCGAACGUUCUUAAAUCGAAGAAUUUCUCUUGUAUCAUAUCGCUGCAAUAAUUUGUAUCGUAUCGUCGUCGAUGGCGUCGUCUCUCGGAAAAGAGAGAGAUAGAGAGAGGGAGAGUUGUGGGUGUUAGGUGAGUAUAGGUGGGUUCAUCGGUAGGUUGGCUCGCUGGCUGACUGCUUGGUAUCGAUGUGCAGCCUGGCAAGCCGGCUAUGCUGGCUCAGCACUCUCCCUCGUUCCUCCUCCGCUACCCUCCUCAUCCGUUCUCCUCCUCCUCCUUCUCCACCUCCUUCUCCUGCUUCUCAUCCCCCGGCUCCUCUCUCUCUCUCUCUCUCUCUUUCUCUCUCGUGCAGCUUUACUCUCUUGGUCCUAGGACAGCCUCGGUCUCGACAUCGUCCCGAAACUCGUCCAUAAACUUAACCUUCUUAGAGCCAUCGAGCCUACUCGGAUGACUUAAUUUCUACGACGAAAGAGCAAUGACCAAGAGAGAAAAGAAAAAGGAAAUGUCGUCGUAAGAGUUAAAUUAGAAAGUAAUGGAUCAUCGAGUCAUUUUUUAGGGUCAUCGUCGGAGAGUAUCGACUUUAAUUCGAUUUUUAAAGACGAUGUCGGAUUCGUUUCGAGGCUGAUGCAAAAUAAAUAUCGGCUAAUUGAUAUUAGUCGCCAGAGCAUAUCUCGUUCGUCCAGGGCGAACAACUCUUCUAUCGUAUAGGUAUACACGAAGAUCGGAUAAGUCUGUAAUUUUCUGACCAGUCUUCCGAAAUCUUGAAUGCCGAUGGAUAAACGAGUCCGAGAUUGGCAUUGGAGUUAAGACGAAAAGAACGAUUCGUCGGAUUUCGACGAGCGAAACUUCUCUUUCUCUUCGUCCUUCUCUUUGCCUUUCGAAUGCAAUUGCCGUCGUAAAUCUCGCGGUAAAGUUUGUUGUGCGGCAAUACCACGGCCAGACUUUCCUCUCUUCCGAACGAUACGAUAGAUCGGUCUCUUGACCUCGCGGUAUAAAGAUUUAAUAGCAUCGCGAAGUCAAGCGAACUUAUUCGCCUUUGACGAAGAUCGAUCUCGCCCGUCGACAUAGAUAUCGAGCAAACGUCGUUCGGUUUGCAUCUUCCGAUUCGAUUGUCCUUUUCUCGUUCUCGUUCGUGGAAUCGUUCUCUGCAAGGACUCACCGAGAACGUCUUCGCUUUGCUAGGAUUACCACGAAUUAUAUCCGUUCAUCGACGUAGGCCAUAGAGACGUCGAAGUGGUUCCAGUUAGGUGGGCCACCCUGUAUAUAAUAUAAGAGUUUUUGGAAAAGAGGAACGUUCCCAAAGAAGCAAAGAAAAUAAAGAAGAAAGGGGAAAAGAAGAGAAAAGAAGAGAAGAAGUGGUUGGAAAUGGAAGGAGUCGGAGAUAAGGGGCGUGAGCAAAUGGCGGCAACCGAACGAAUCCCAACUCGCGUGGAUCGUUUGGGGUGGUCCCAAAGAGCACGCCCACCCUAACGGUGACGUCACCAAGUGACAUGCGCGCCAAUGUCAUGUCACCCCCGUCACGUUCGGCGCGUCGCGCUGCGCUCGAGCGUAUCGGCCACCACUCAGAUAACGGAGACACCGACGACGACGCAUCUCUCUGCUCUGCCGUGAAAACGACGCUCGGUUCUCCGCGUAUUUCGGCGAGCAAAAGUCCUGCUCGGAAGGCUGAGGAGAAGGAUUAUUAUUUGGCGGGAAAGAGGAAACGUCGAGUGGCAUCGAAGUGCGAGGAAAAGUGUUAAGUGUCGACGACGACGACGACGACGACGACGACGACGACGACGACGACGAAAAUCAUUCCGUUCGUCGAUCGAAGGAACGCAUCUUUUAGAAGAAACCGUAGAAAGUGUCGGUGCAUCGUUGAUUCAGACUCACGUGGAUCUUCUGCAGCUCUUUCCCUUUUUUCUUCUUUUUUUUUGCUCGAGGGCUGUAAAGAAAAGUGAUCACGACGACGUUGGAAACAGCGACGAGUUGUCAAGGAGGUGCCGGAGGAAUACCCGUUGUCACCGAGGAGACGCUCACGUAUGCAGCUGCAACGGACGCGGUAGAGAAGGUGGAGGCGCAGGAGGUGGAGGUUGAGGUCGACGAGGUUAAGAUGGAAGCCGAGGACCAUCUAGCGAGGGAAUACGUCCAGGAGUUUGUCCUCGAUCAUCUCGAUCCCGCCGACGUCAAGCGAGAGGUACGAAUGGGUUCGCCGAACGUGAUGGUGAACGGAAGCGUGGUGCAAAUUCCGGGACAAGUACAAGCUCAGGGCCUGGCUCUGGCGCCGUUGACGCCACCGGCUCACGAGUUAGAGCAACCUCAUCCGUUGUACGGGCAACCUCAUAUACAGGUGCAACACGGGGUGCUGGUGAAGGCACCACCCGGUGGUGCUCCACAUUUGACGACCCUUUCGCAUCCAGGCACACCACCGGACACGCCGCCGGUCUCUGCCUCUCCACCCCCGUUGCAGCUGCAUCGCGCCGAGCGAGAUCCUCGCGAACGCAGCGGACUCCUAUUGCAUCUGCAACAGCCUGGAUCCAUAUUGCAAGAUGACAUGCAAGUCGGUCCCGGGGUCGGCAUGGGCUGGCUCACCCAAUCCCUCAGGCAGGAACCGCUGGAUCUGAGACCUCACUGUCCUCAGGAACAAGCGCAGGAACCUCAUCACGAGGGUUGGUCCUCGUCGACCGCGAACCAUCAUCACUUUCAGGAGCUUCAACACUUGCCUAGACAUACCAGGCAUCCCGGUGGGUACAUCACAAUGUCCAGUCACAUCGAGUACUAUGGCGGUCCAGGUUCAGGCGGCGGGAUGCUUCCCGCGGGCGGGGGUGUGAUGCAGAGCAUGGAGGAUAGCAUGCAAGGGAUGCCCAUGCAACCGGGUAGACCGUUGAGCGUUUGCUCGGUCAGUUCUUGUGGAGCCAGUGGUCCCAGUCCUGCUCACAGAACUGCCAAUGGACUUUACUCGAGCUGUGGACCGGCCAAUUCGCAGGAGGAGCUCAUGAACGACGAGCUCCUCAUGUCGCUCUCCGUACGCGAAUUGAACAAACGCCUCCAUGGUUGCCCGCGGGAAGAGGUGAGUCAGGUCGUCCGUUUGAAGCAAAAACGUCGGACUUUGAAGAAUCGGGGAUACGCGCAAAACUGUCGCAGUAAACGACUACAGCAACGUCACGAUCUCGAGACGACCAACAGUAAUCUACAAAACGAGCUUCAACGAAUGAAGGUCGAGUUGGCUCGGACCCAGCAAGAGCGGGAUCUCUACAAGCAACGCUGUGAAAUAUUGAGGGCUCGUCAAAGUCAUCAUCACAGUCACAGUCACAAUCAUCAUCAACAGCAAGCCCCUCAGCCGACCCAGCAGCAGCAGCAGCAACAACAGCCGCAGCAGGCUCAGCAACAACAUCAGUCCCAGAAUCAACAUCCUCAGCAGCAACAGCAACCACCGCCGCCGCAGCAACAACAACAGCCGCAGCAGCAACAACAACAACAACAACAACAACAACAGCAACAGCAGCAACAGCAGCAUCAACAACAACCGGCACCGGCCAGCCCGGAGGUCUAUCUAUGACAUCGACAGCGCCGAGGAGGCGCUUGCUGGACCUGAACGAUUAUCUCGAUGUCGAAUCCUUGAGCCGCUUCUCGAGAACGAUCGUGGAUCGAGAAAUGGGAUUGAAGAUGGAAGGAAGGUGCGAGCGAUACCUCUGAGAGAUGGCGUUAUCUCGACGGCGCGCCUCGAUUCCGAAAAACGAUAGAAGCGAGAACGCUCUAUGCGUGCGUGUAUACACGUUAUAAAAAAGGUUUAUACGAGGAUAGAUGGCUUUCGGUUACUCUUUUUCGUUUUUCUUUUCACGACGCUUCGUUGUGCGUUCUCCUCGUUCCUCCGUCGCGCUCGAAUCUACGCAGUCCGCAUGGAAUUACGUUCGAUACGAAGAAAAUUGAUGAAAACGGUGCAAAAGGGACGAGACGGAUUGGCGUUUCGCGCAAGAGGAACGGAGAAAUAGGAGGAUAGGACACUUAUAAUUGAGUUAAGCAAAAGUGUAGAAUUAAGGAACGCGAAAGGAAUAUGAACGGAUUUCUUUUCUUUCUCUCGCUUACUUUCCAACGAACGCCGACGGCUCUUUUCCCCCGAGUCUGGCGUUCGAGCUACGUGUGUACAUAUUUACAUUCAUCCUACAUUGUUUAUGUAAUAUAUGAUCGCGUCGCUUUGAAGAAUAGCCUAUCGAUCGUCGCGAGGCCAUCGUCGACAGUAUUUUUCAAGACUAUCGCGAGCAAAAAACUCGCGCUCUCUUCUAACGUCAAUUUUACUUACGAUUAGGGCAUUCACGGAAGUUUCGAUACGAGACACGAGUUCGUCCCGUCUCUUCUUUCUCCUUUCUCCAUCUCUUUAUUAUCGUUUGUAUUUUUGUUAUCGUUUCCCUAGACGAGAUUGUCUAUUCGCUUUAUCUCGACGUUAGUCUCCCCCCCCCCCCUCUCUCUCCCUUUUUUCUACUUUCUUUACUCCUUUUAACUCUAUUUUACCUAUAUCUAGAUCGAUCUGUCUCUUCCGUGAGUCGAAUAGAACGAAAGAGAAGGGCGAAACUUUGAUCGUUAAUAUAUAUUAUCGCGUAAUUAGAUCUCCCGCGCAAAGGGCCGAAAAACAGGCAUACAUCGUUUUAAUAUGACUAUGGCACAAAAAAUAAUCGGUAUACGGUAUACCUGUACGGUAUUUCUCUACGACUUGGCUUCUUCGAUCAUGGAAGAAGGAAAGACUAAGGAAGGAAGAAGGAUCUCCAUCUCCAUCUCGAUUCUACAAAUUGGACAGAACGAACGAAGAAGUCGAGCGAUUAACGUGCGUUAGACGAUGGCGUAACUUUGACUUUUGAGGAGAACGACGAUCCUUUUGCGUGAGAAGGACAAGGUAAGAAAAACCAGGGAAAUAUUCAAUUCGACGAAAUUUCAAAAACAGGACGAAAUUAAAGAAGAAAAUAAAGUGAAAAAUCGAGUCGGGGCCAAUGGUCUUCGUCUAUUCAACGAAAACGCUUACCUACGCGCAAAGCUACGCCACCGAUCCUAAUUAGAAGAAUAUUAUGCAUAUAAAAAAAGUAUAUAUAUAUACAUAUUAUAUAUAUAUAUAUAUAUAAAUAUAUUAUUGUUUUCUCGUACGGACCACGCUCGGCCACGACCCCACGGGCCGAAACUUGUCCGAUUCGAUUUAAGAAUGUUUUAAUUCCCGUUACAUCGUCUCUCGUGUGUACAUAAAAGUAAUUAUUAUACUUCUUAUUAUAAAUAAACGUCGACACAGAAUCCGACAGUUUCAGAUA